GGAAAAUGGCCGCUCGACGUGAUUCUAUUCACCGACACUGAGAACUCUAAAGUACAGAAAACUCUACAGUCUAAUCUGGAACUAUUGAAACAAACCCAACCUCAACACGGGGGAGUUUUUAAAUGAAUAAUGUCUCGCUGGGUGCCGACGAAGAAGGAGAAGUACGGAGUUGCAAUCUACAAUUACGAUGUCCGUGGAGACGAGGAGCUGUCGCUACAGAUUGGAGACACAGUCCACAUACUAGAGACAUAUGAAGGCUGGUACAGAGGUCACAGGCUGAGGAGGAAGUCCAAGAAAGGGGUCUUUCCUGCCUGUUACAUUCACCUCAAGGAGGCCACCGUUGAAGGCAAUGGGCACAAGGAGACGGUGAUUCCCAACGAGCUGCCUCUGGUCCAGGAGGUUACCACCACCCUGCGGGAGUGGGCUUCCAUUUGGAGAGACCUCUACGUGGGGGACAGGCGUGAGAUGUUUAACUCUGUCAGGGACAUGAUCUAUGACCUGAUCGAGUGGCGAUCUCAGAUCCUGUCAGGGACGCUCCCACAAGACGAGCUGACUGAGCUUAAACAGAGAGUCACCUCUAAGAUCGACUACGGGAACAAGUACCUGGAUCUAGACCUCGUGGUGAGAGAUAAAGAUGGCAACAUCUUGGACCCCGAGUCUACCAGCACCGUCUCUCUCUUCAGAGCCCACGAAGCUGCUUCCAAACAGAUCGAGGACAGGAUCCAAGAGGAGAAGUCUCAGAAACAGAAUGUAGAUCUGAGCAGACAGGCCAAGUUCGCCCAGACACCGUCCUUCGCUCUCUUCGUCACCCUGAAGAACGUGGUGUGUAAGAUCGGAGAAGAUGCAGAGGUCCUCAUGUCGCUCUACGACCCUGUUGAGUCAAAGUUCAUCAGUGAGAAUUACCUGGUGCGAUGGUCCAGUCAAGGCCUGGUGAAAGAUAUAGACCAGCUACACAACCUGAGAUCUGUCUUCACUGACCUUGGCAGUGAGGAUUUAAAGAGAGAGAAGAUCAGCUUUGUGUGCCAGAUCGUUAGAGUUGGACGGAUGGAGCUACGUGACAACAACACCAAGAAGCUGACCUCUGGGCUGAGGAGACCCUUUGGAGUGGCAGUAAUGGAUGUGACUGACAUCAUAACAGGCAAGAUGGAUGAUGAGGACAAGCAGCAUUUCAUCCCCUUCCAGCCGGUGGCCGGGGAGAGCGACUUUCUCCAGACCGUCAUCAACAAGGUCAUCGCUGCCAAGGAGGUCAACCACAAGGGACAAGGUAAAGUUAAUGUACAGGGAGGUGGGGGGUAAGAUGCUUGGAGUGGU